UUUUAAUCUUCGUUGAUACCCAUGAUAGCAAAAGUAUAUCAUUUGUAGAUAAAGAUUCGAAAAUAAUCUCUGGAAGGGGAAACAUUGUUAAUGGAGCUGGCAACUCAGUCCCGUCUGUGAUAUUAACGAAAUAUAACACUGACAGCACCAUGAUCCACACGGCUCUGUGGUUGGUAAUCCUGUUGGUGCAGACGUGUCAUGGGUUCACUGGACGGGGUCUCAUGUAUCCUGGCAGAUCAGACUUGUUCGAACUCUCCAUUAUACACCUCAAUGACUUUCAUGCUAGAUUCGUGCAAACAGGUCCAUCCUCAGGCACUUGUUACGAGGGUAACGAGGACGAAUGCGUGGGUGGAAUAGCCCGCGUCUACACGGCAACCCAUCGGAUGGUCAAAGAACGUCCAAACGCGAUAUUUCUAAACGCCGGGGACCAUUUCCAGGGGACCUUAUGGUACACUGUUCAUAGAUGGAACGUGACAGCGAAAUUUAUGAAUAUGCUGCCACAUGACGUUAUGACUAUCGGUAAUCACGAGUUCGACAACAAGAUUGCUGGGGUAGUACCGUUUCUUAAAAUGGUCACGUCACCCGUGGUCGUCACUAAUAUCGAUGACAGAGAAGAACCCGACAUACAGGGCUUGUACACUAACAGCACGAUUAUCGUUAGGAACGGCACGCAGAUCGGAGUCAUUGGAGUCAUUUUGUCAACGACAGAUAAAAUUGCCAGUACGGGAAAGUUAAAAUUUCUUGACGAAGUGGAAACCGUGAAUGCAGAGGCUGAAAGAUUGAAGGCACAAGGGGUAAAGAUUAUAAUUGUCUUAAGUCAUUGUGGUUUAGACGUGGAUAGAGUAAUGGCAACUCGAUGUCCUAACGUGGACGUCAUCGUGGGAGGACAUUCGCAUACGUUCCUUUACUCAGGAGAGCCACCCCACACCGACACUGCCGAAGAUGAGUAUCCGGUAGUAGUGAGGCAAGAUGGCACAGAGAGAACUGUCCUUAUCGUUCAAGCGGCAGCUUUCACCAAAUACUUGGGCAAUCUGACUGUGUGGUUUGAUGGAGCUGGCGAGGUAUCUGAUUGGGAGGGUAAUCCAAUUUUAUUGGAUUCAUCGAUAGAACAAGAUCCAGAUGUUUUGGCGGCAUUAGUACCAUGGCAGGUCGAGGUGGAUGCUUUGGGAGAUGCUAAAAUUGGAGAUCUUAAAGUAUAUCUUUAUAACAAUUGUCGUUACGGGGAAUGCAACGUGGGUAAUUUGAUAACGGACGCUAUGGUCGAUGCUUACGUGGAUGCUGCUGAGAACAGUACCUAUUGGACGUAUGCGGCUAUUUCUUGCACAAAUGUGGGUGGCGUUCGUUCUUCAGUUCUUGAAACGAACGGCGUUAUCACAUAUGCUGAUGCCGUUACAGUACAACCUUUUGAAAAUACCUGGGACGUAGCAGAAUUACUUGGAUCCGAUCUUAUUCUGGCUCUGGAAGAUGGGGUUGCUACCAGUUACAGCAACACGUCAUUCGUGGGUAAGGGCCUCUUAAUUUGGUCAGGCAUAAAGGUGACUUACAACCUAUCUAACGAGGUGUAUUCCAGAGUGGUUGAUGUUAAAGUCAGGUGUCGUGCCUGCCAGAUUCCAGAGUACCAGGAUAUUGUCGAGGACGAGUGGUACAGAAUAGUCGUACCGUCAUUCUUGAUUCAAGGAGGUGACGAUGCUUCAGUUAUAGUUAAUAAUCAUCGAAAUCAUGAAGUAGGGACAUUGGAUAUUGAUCAUUUCGUUAAUUAUAUUUCUAAAAUUAGCCCAGUCACCUACGGUACCGACGGACGAAUGAUUAUCACUGGAACGUGGUCCGUUUCGUGAUUUUGAAACGAAUUAAUUUAUCAUCCGUUCAACAGCUAUAGAAUUUUUACACACAUUUUCCCACGAAGACAACAAAAUCUUUCGAAGAUGGGUGUAGUUACAUGAGUAUUAUAAUAUUUUAAAAAUAUUUUAAUAAUGCAUUAGUCACGUAGUACGUUUUUAUAGGAUUAUUAUAAUUGUAGUAUUAUUGUAGAAAUUCGACAGGUAGGAUUCAAAUAGAUUAUUUUCCUGACAAUGCUCCAACAUUAAAAAAUGGGCAAAGCUUUACUAUAGUAAAGUAUUUAAGCAUAUGCUAUACUCUGUUAAUGCAUUUUCGUUGUGAUGAAACGAAUAAAAAAAUAAAGAUGGCACUGAUUGUAAAUGCAAAUUACUUUGUUAUCGAUGAUCGUUACGAAUAUAUGUACUAAUGAUACGUGAGAAGUAACACGUACUUCAAAUAUACUUUGAAGAGAAUUACAAAAGCAACAACGUAAAGCGGAAAGUAUCCGAUUGGUAUAGCUUUUAUCGCGCGGUAUCUUGGGAUCGGGGCAGGUGAAGCAUUUAAAUAAUAUAUCGAACAGGUGAAAUAGCAGCUGUGCCUUUUCGAUGCUACAGUCAGGUAUCCAGAAUCAUAACGCUCGUACUAAAGACAUUUUAAUUCAAAUUUCAAUGGAUCACAUGGCCGCCAUAUUAUUCAUUAACAAUUCCAGCAGCUGUAAACCUUAUUCUCUAAUUGCAAAGUACCAUUCCGCAUCCGCAGAGGAGUAGCCAUUAAUCAGCCUGCGAAACGAUAAAAUGUAUCUUCCGGAAUUCUCAUAACGUCCCUGUGUCGUUUACGAGCCAUACUAAAGUUUCGAGUAUCAUUAUCCAAUCCUAAUUACAAUUCUACUUGCGUAUGAAUCACGACGAAUUAAUUAGUGAACCGCAUCACUUGACAAUUUCAAUGAAAAUAAUCCCAGCCAGAAUUUGUUGUCUCUGCAAACUUUUCAGGUAUUUAUCAAUAAACAUUUAUUGCCCAGUA